AGACGUCGCACUGCAGCAGGUCGUUCUGACCCAUUGUUGCUUGCUCUGCGAUCGUUUAACUCCUCUUCCCACUUAUUUGACUUCCACUUCCCUUUUUCCACCUUUCGUUGCCGUCUUAGUUCUUCCUUUUAGUCUCGCCAUCCAUUGAGCUUCUGUUAUGUUUACUUUUAUGAACUUUCCUCCUUGUCUGAGCUUUAGUUUUAGUUUUUAAGCAUAUAUUAUGUUUUAAGUUAGUUUAAGUAUUCUAUGUGUAGCCUUAUGGCAGACAUACUGCAAUAAAUAAAUUGAAAUUGAAAUUAAUUAGCUGAUAACGUUGUCAAAUUUUGUCUACGUGAACAAUGAACCAUUAGGUGGCGGGAAAUUCGUAUGGAAAAUUUCCAAAUUCUUUCUUUUUUUUAUUCAUUGCGUUAUCUGAUAAGCCUUAUAAAAAAUAACCCAGGUCGAAUACCUGCUUAAGCCAAAUUAAGUGAGAUAUGUUAUCAAUAAAUCCGGCAGAAUCUUUGUCGCAGACUUUGGGAUCAUGGUACCAUAUAAAUAGGGGACGUCUAUUGUUCAAUAAUCAUACGAGCAUUAGACACGAUGGCGAACAAAAUAGCAAUCCUCCUGUCUGUUCUGGUAGCUUUAGUCGCAUUCGUACAAGCACAGCCCUCGCAACGACAUGGUUUUGUCGGAUCUUACCACAAAUUCUUACCAGAAACAUCGCAUACAGUGGGACAUCGCAUCGUAGGAGGAUUCGAGAUCGACAUCUCUGACACUCCGUAUCAGGUGUCCCUACAUUACAUAGAUGACCAUCGAUGCGGAGGGUCCAUUUUGAACAGUAAAUGGAUUUUAACUGCGGCUCAUUGUACCGAUGGUGUACCAUCAUUUACACUCACCGUGCGCGUUGGAUCAUCGAAGCACGCGUCUGAUGGAACUGUUGUGCUCGUUAAACGCGUCAUGCAGCAUCCUGCCUAUGAUAGAAGUACCAUCGACUACGACUACGCGCUAUUGGAGCUGAAAGACGAUCUCACCUUCAGUGAUGUGGUUCAGCCGGUUGCUCUUCCUGAGCAGGAUGAACCGGUAAAGGAUGGAAUCAUGACGACCGUCUCGGGUUGGGGAAACACCCAGAGUUCCACUGAAUCGAACGCUGUUCUACGGGCAGCCAACGUACCGACCGUGAGCCAACAGGAUUGUCGCAUGGCUUACUCGCAGGAAGGAAUCACUGAUCGCAUGCUGUGUGCCGGAUAUCAGCAGGGUGGAAAGGACGCCUGCCAGGGAGAUUCCGGUGGACCUUUGGUGGGAAACGGAAAGCUGAUUGGUGUUGUUUCGUGGGGGAGCGGUUGUGCUAAACCGAGUUAUCCAGGAGUUUACUCGCGCGUGGCCAGCGUUCGAGACUGGAUUCGUCAGAACAGUGGAGUGUAAAGUGUUGUUGAAAGAUUUUGUAUUAUAAUUUAUUAAUAAAUGGAUAAUGAAAUAAAAUUAACAGAGAAACCUGAA